AUGUAGUAAUAUCUCAAACCAACAAUGUCAUUGUAUUUACAAUUGUAAAAAGAUGAAAUCAAAUUAAAUACAAAUAUACAAGACAUUAAGUUAGAUCCAGCUAAUUUUUUAAACAACUUUGAUGCAUUACCUGAUUAAAAUUUAAGGUUUAAAUCUAAAAGCAUGUUUCUUUAAUCUAAGCAAACGGAUUAAAAAAAAGAAAUGCAAAAAACCAAACAUACAAAAUUUUUAGUGCUCCCAAAAAUUGAUUCCAAGUUUAUGCUUGAUCCUGCUAAUGAGAGAGUGUACUUCCUACCUGAAACGAAAUAAAAGUACGAAUAUACAAAUAGAUUAAUCAACUCUAAUAUAAUUCUCUAACCUUUAUUUGAUGGACCUAGUAAAUCCUCUAAAGAUCAUAAUUAACUCUAGGCCAAAAAAAAAAAAGUUAAAUUCAAUAUUGCCUUAGAAAUAGUAGACUUGGAAGGAAGAGUUAGUACUGAAAUUAUAAACCCUGAAUAAAAAAUCAUCACUAGAUAGAAAAGAUUUUCAAGACUUAAAACACUUGAAUGUUGA